AAGACAUGUUAGCUUCCAGAGGUGUUCGUCGGAUUGAACUAAUGCACAAACAACAAUUUGCACAAUGGUUCAGCAAAAAGAUUAUGAUGACAUAUCAGGAGCAUCCUCAAAGUGUGAGUCUUUCUCUACUAUCUCUAGCUCGUGGACCAGAUAAAAGAGUCAACUACCACUCAGGUUACUAUAUUAAUGGGUUCAGAUUUCACAUAACAAAUCGCGAGCAGAAUAGACGUACUCAAAAUAGUGGUGUGAUGGUGAGAGGGGAGAAUUAUGACAACAUCCCUUAUUAUGGGACUCUUAUUAAAGUCAUUGAACUGCGAUACACAGAAGGCCUUCGAGUUGUGCUUUUUCAGUGUGAUUGGUAUGAUAUAACUCGUGAAGGCACUGGCUAUAAGGAUCAUCAUGGUAUUACUACCAUCAAUAAGGCACGACUAUUGAAUACUCAAGAACCUUUUGUCUUAGCCAGUCAGUGUACACAAGUUUAUUAUGUGCCCUGUAUCAAAGAUCCUAACUGGGCAACAGUUAUUGAAACAAAGCCUAGAAAAUUGUUUCAGAUGCCAGAUGAUGUUGGUGAUGAUGGUGAUGGUGGUGACGAAGCAUACCAAGAGGAAAUUAUUUCAGUAACUACUCCUCAAGAGACUGGAAAUGAUGAAGAUGAUGGAAUAAAUUGGAGUAGAGAGGGGCUUGAAGAGUUGUAGGUUGAGAUGGAUAUUUUUGUUUUGCUAAAAUAUUUAUGUGUUUCACAUCGACAGUUCCAUUUUU